AUGGUUUCCCUAUCGCUUCGUUCGCUUGCCCUCGUCUCUCUUACCAGCUCGCUCGGGUUAUCACAACCCCUAAAACGAACUGCUGGUUGCGGUCAAGACCCGUCCAUCACACGAGGAGAUUUCAAGAAUUUUACUACGUCGGAAGAUCGUGAAUAUCGAGUUUGGCUGCCGGCGAACUACGACUCCGAUACAGCGACGCCACUUAUUCUCAGCUAUCAUGGUGCCAAUAAGGACAUAACGUAUCAAAUCAGCCUGGAUGAACUAACCGACCCAUUCUUCAACAAGGAUCACAUCGUGGUAUAUUUACAGGGCCUAGUGGGAGAAUCAUCUGGCCACACGGAAUGGGAAGGGGCUCCAGGCGCCAAGUCGAACGACAUAAAAUUCACAAACGACGUACUCGACGCCGUGUCAAAGGACCUAUGCGUAGAUGAGACGCGCAUAUUCGCAACGGGAAAAUCGCAAGGAGGAGGAUUUGUCGGGCGGCUCGCGUGCGAUCACGGCUUGUCAAGCCGAAUUGCGGCCUUUGCCCCUGUAUCUGGAGCGUACUACAUAAAACAAAUUAACAAGUCGUCGGAAUGCCACCCGGAAACAGUGAACGUCCCCUGCGACGCCUCACGCACCGAUAUUCCCAUCAUGGCGUUCCAUGGUGGUGCUGAUACCACUAUUAGAUACCACGGGGACUUCCGAUCUGGAGCUUGCUUGCCCGAUGUGAGUUCUUGGGCCCGGCAGUGGGCGCUGAGAGAUGACUUGAGUGGAACACCGGCCAAUUCGUCGAUCGCAGAUUCAGACAAUGGUGUGGUCAUGAGCUAUGGUGGUGGUUUGGUCACCUUGGUAUAUGACGGUAACAAUAUUGCUCAUGAUUGGCCGUCCACGGUAGAGAAUGGUGACAACGAUGGGAAAGUAUUGGCGGCGUUCAAUGCCAGUACGCGCAUUAUGGAGUUCUUCCGAGGUCAUACACUACCAUAA